AGUAUGUACUUAUUCCAUAGCUGGAACACAUCGACAGCUGCUCAGAAAAUCGAAUUUUUUAGUCGAAUUUCCUGAAACACACAACCGAUCCGAUCCGAUACAACACUUUGGAGGCGAGUGAAGAAUCCAACAAUUAUGCCGCAAUCCACAGUAGUUUAUACAGUCCUUGCUUUAAUGCUGAUGCUGCACUGCGUCAAUGGUUUGUUCAAUUUUCAGAUAUUCGCCGACGACGCACAUCCAAAUAAAUGUGUGAUUGAUGGUAAGGCAGAUACUCGUUUGAUUCUCGACAGUGGCAAAUCGGAUAAACAUCCCGAUAAGUGCGUCCUGGUCGAAUGCCAUCAAAAUGGUUGGGCUCUGGUCUACGAAUGCAAAAGGGUUGCACCACCGACCAACUGCGAGUAUACCGAAGCUAAGAAUCCCAAUGCCCCAUAUCCCGACUGCUGUGAGAUGGAUGUAAUGUGCAAUGAUAUUGCCUGGGAUUGAGAUAUGUCGCUUUACCGUCUGAAUGUGUGUGUUUUCAAAUUUGUAAAUUUAAAUUUUUUGUUUUGUUUUUGGAAAAGAAGAAAUGUACAAAUAAAUAAAUUCUUA